UGCCAUUGGAUGCGAGGGCUAUACUUCAGCACCUAAAUGAAUUGGGCUAUAGAAAUAUAUCUGCCGAACAACUACGUGAAUUUUUAAAAGCAUAUUUGCGCCUAAAGGUAUGCAACCACAGUCGGAUAAGCAAAGUGCUACCAAAAGCAAACUCGCAACAGCAAGAGCAAGUCCUCAACAACAACAACAACAACAGCAGCAGCAGCCCCAGCCAGAGCUUCAGCAGCAGCCUCAUCACCGUUCCAAAGUAAAGGUCAUUAAGAGCAAGCGGCCACUUUGCCACUUUAAGUUUUACUUGGAUAUUUGCGAUCAUCAACUAGCCAAGCGCAUUGAGGCAGAUAUCAAGGCGCUUGGAGGCACACUUGAAUUCUUCCUCAACGACAGUAUUACACAUUUCAUUACCGAUAAGGAAAACGGCUCGUCUCUUGGAAUAUCUGAAGCUCGUAGGAGCACACGUAGCCAGCCGGUUACUCCUUUAACACAGCCUGCAUCUAAUAGCCCUCAUACGCCCAAUACACCCACAGCAAAUAUUCAUGAAGACAGCAAUGGCCUACAGCGCAGGACUCGGCAAACGCGCGCCGAUGCUAUUCUGAGUCGUGUGCGCGGAGUACAACAAAUAACACCAAUUGCAACUGAGGCCCAUUCCAUUCAACGACAGCAACAACAGCACCAGCAAAGAAAUUCCCAAAAUUCUGGCAAGCUAACUCUUGCUACGUACACCAUCUGGCAGACUGAGCAUGCGUUACGUUUUUUUCAGCGUAUACAGACCGAAUUACGGCAGUAUUUAAAAGGAACAGGAUCUGGAACAUCAAGUGGACCCCAAGCAGCAGGAAGAUCUAAUAUCCACCUGAAGGGCAAUUAUAUCAAGAUCGAGUCAAUAAAACACAAUCACCGACCAUACUAUCAUCUAUUGAAGGAACCCGACGAGUGGCCUAAAAUUGAUUUAUGCAGCGAGGACAGUGCCUUUCGUUUGCAGACCAAGGCUUAUGUGCAAAGUAUGACACGUAGGUCGCUUGGCUCACGGACCUCACAACGUCAACAGGAUCAACAAGAUCAGCGGCAUCCACAGUCGGUGCCAUUGCAACACGCCGCCGUUCAAGCACUCAAAAAGCAAUCAGCUUCUGUACAUACUCCAGACAGUCCCAGGUCGCAUUGCAGAGAGUUAAAGGAAUCCAGCGAUAAGCAGUGCGGUGUAUGCGAAAUUUGCAAGAUCGAGUACGAUACGUUAACAACACAUUUGCGAAGCAAGGAGCACGAUUUAUUUGCUAAAAACGUACAAAACUUUCUGGCACUCGAUACGCUUAUUCAAGUAUCGGCAAGUGUCACCGAUUUUCUUAAAAGAGAGCAGCAGAAGCAAUAUAAUUCAAGGAAGGAGAAGGAACAAACUGCCGCAGAUACAAAUAGCGACAUGGAAGUUGAUGAGCUUCUCAACAGUAGCACCAUUGCCCAUAACAGAAAGUCAUCCAAUCAAUCAGAUUCAAGCCCAGCUCAACAAAAUAGCAAUAAUAAUAGGCAACGCCCAUCUCCAGCGCUACGUGAAAAAUCUAAGCGCAUUACUAAGGGCAAGCAUUCUUCAGAAAAAUUCAGAGCCACGGGAAAUACAUCACCCAGCCCACAAACUUCAUCGCCUACUAAAAAACCUACAGCAACCUGUAGCCUUCUCGAGCUGCAGCGUGUCGAGGAAACUGUCAACAAUGCAACAAUAGCUGCUGCAACUCCAUCAAAUCCAACACGGCGUAAAACGCAAAAUUCUGUUUUGUCGCCGCCAAUUCGAGCGAUGCUCCCACCAUCAUCACUCUACAAGGUGGUAGAAGCUAACGAUGCAGUAGCAUCGUCUCCGCGAAUCAGGCGUGGUAAUACCAAUGUCUCUGGCAAUGCGGUAGACUCCCCAUCGCUGAUUGUUAAGUUCCAAAAAGUGCGUCAAUCCGAACUACAGCGACUUAAUGGCGAAGCGGAAAAUUUUAUGUUUCCACGAACGACAAUACGCAGUAGUAGCGAACUUCCUACAGAUGUAGAUCGUCAGACAACGUCGGAUGCACGCGGUCACCAGAGCAAUUCAUCGCCUAGCUCGCACAGUACUAGCGAGGUGGAGGUACCCGGUUUAACCACGCCAAUAAAGCUGCAUGGUCGAGCCACGGCCGUGGGUAGAAGAAGGAAAAGGCCGCCACCAUCGCAGGUGCAGACUGCAUUGACCCAGCUGCAGCGCCAGUUAUCAACAGGUAGCAGCAGUAGUAAUGGGGGUACUGGUGAUCAGCCACAGCAGCAGCACCAGCACCAGCAGCGCUUUCCAAACGCCCCCAUCCAGCCAGAUUUGCAACCGCAAUUGCUAAGCCAAAAACAGGCAACGGCUACACGAAAGAGCAGCCGUAUGGCUACUGCCAUUGUAACAGCUGCCACAACAAGCAGUCAAUUGCAGUUACGCCGACGGACAGAGUCUACGGUCACGGUAAGGCGCGGUGGCAACAUGGAGGAUCGGAUGGGGGAUGAAAUUAAAUCAAAAAAGACCGAAACACCCCAGGAAUCGGAUGAUCUAGAAGACGAAGAGUCAAAUGAUGAAUCAAGCUCCUCGGGCAGCGAUGAAGACUAUGUGGCAAACAAUAAACUACGUAGAACUAUGCCUGUAACAAAUCGCUUGGAUACGAGAGAAGAGCGCGCGGCGAGACGUCUAUCACGGCUGACAAUUAGUAUCAAUCGGACCACUGGUGAAAAACUGCCGUCGGCACCAGAGAAUAAGGUGACACCAACACGAAAGGGCAGUAGAGGUCGAAGGCCCUCAAUAGCAAAAUCGAAACAGUCUAAACAGCAAACUACUCCACCAGCAUCGACGAAGAAAACCUUGGCAACGGAACUGAUCUUUGAUUGCAGCAAGAGUGAGCGACUGAAGAAGCUGCGCUACGCAUUUGAGAAGACACCUGAAACGGAUUUAUGGCAUCGCGUGUUUCAACGACAGGACGACUGUGAGGAACACUAUUACAGUUACUAUGGAUCUACGAAAUACCGUAAAUUACCAUACGAGCUAGGUCCAAUACCCAUGGAGCGCACAAGUGCUCACAGCUGCACGAUAUGCCGGGGUCAGCCGGAGCCUGAAGAAGAUUUUAAAGUGCAGUCGCUUAGACCUAUUAAGCUAGAGCGAAAUCGCGAUUUAGAAACCGAACAAAUCGCUGUCCAGUCUGACAGUAAUCAGACAGCCGCAACAACAUCUACAGCAACAACAUCUAUGUAUAGACACAAAAAGAUGCAUCUCUUGCAACGCUAUCAGCAAGAGCAGCAACAACAGACUUUAAACACUGCCAUACCGUUAGCGAAAUGUGAUAGUAAAGCCAGCACGCCGGAGUUGCUGGAACGUGAGUUUGCUUCACUAAGUGAGAGCGCCCAGGUAGUGGAGAGGAUACGUGCUGCAUCCACACAUAGCAAUUCAAGCAGUAGCUGCAGUAAUAGUCAAAAUAGUAACGUCACUUGUCGUAACAAGCAGCUUGCGAGAAUUGCUGAGUUGCCGCCACGUAAAUCACCAAGGGAGCACGCAUCCACGCUGGCCUUGGUAAGUUGCAUAAUACGGCAGCGGCAAGAUUCACUAAGCAAAACCAACUCGGAGGUGGAUGAACCAGGACCAGCCGCUCCUGCGAGUGUAGUUGCUCCCAUGCUAAAAAUGCCACUGAAGCAGGAGACAGCUGUACUGAGUUCGAAUUCCCAUAACACACGUUCACAAGCUGCCACGCCUGUAGAGGAACUGCGUUUUGCCACCGAAAUAAGUGAGAACGUAAAACGCAUGCGACGUGGACAGAACAAGUAUGAUACCUUGCCUUCAACGCCAGCAUUAGUAGCGGCACAAACGCCCGCGCUAACCAGAUGUCGCCGCCCGACAGCUGCAGCCGCCGCAGCAGCGAAUGCUGCUAAAUAUUCUGGACGUCUCGAGCUUUCAGGCAGAGAUGCAACCACAAAAGUGCUGUUAAGUAAACGUAAACGCCGCCAGAUAUCAAGCACACCAGCUAUGCGUCUGCCCCAACAGCAGCCGACGGGGUCCGUAUCUCUAGUUGCUGGUGUUCGUAAACUCCCAAGUAAAAAGGGAAUACUUGAAUAUGAGAUGGAUAGCAGUGCACUUAAGGCGCUGGAUGCAAGCAUUCAAUAUGCUAAUCCAAUCCUAGUAUCCUGGAAAAUUGAUAAAUAUCUGGAACUGACUGGCAAAGAGUAUGAUUUUAGUUCGGAGGAACAGAUGCCACUCUUACAAACAGCUGAGCGUUACAAUGAAGAUGUGGAUUUUCAGAUGCGUUCAGAUGCACGCACACCGCCGCCUACAGAUUUUUGUUUUACCAGUGAUUUUGAUCUUUGCGAUUUGUUAGCUGAAAGCUCUGGUAGCGGAGAUGACGAAGAGAUAUCUGUCGGGCGUUCUGGCUGCCGUCGAAAUAGUAGAAUGAAUUUAUAUUGCAGCUAUCAGCGUAAACGCAAAUGUCUAAAAUCAAAUCGGACUGGUUGGCCCAGAGCACAGAGACGACGAGCAACGGCAAUGUCAAAUACAAAACAGCAGCCUGGUGAACGGUCCAGCUUUCGCAAAUUAAGUAUUGGACAGUCUCAAGAAGCUCAAAAGCUUAAAGACUUAAAGCAGGAACAGCUGGAAACUGAAGAGGAGCAAACGACAACCACGACGACGACCACAACUACCGAUAAAGAAAUUAUCAAAGAACAAGAUGAUGAUAAAUAUGAGGAUGGAGGUGGUGGGGCAGGCAGCAAUCGAGGAACUACGGAUGGCUCAAAGCCAGCUCGCCCGACUACUGAUAUGACGCCUCCGGCCACAGAUGUGGACGAACAAGUAGAAAGAGGGGAUUAUUCAGGCGAUGAAGCAGCAGCAAGUGUGGACAAUGAAAGUCAAGUCGAUGAUGACGAUGACGAAACAAUGGCCGACUCUAUUGACCAAUUGCAUGAUGGAAAAAUAGAAAUCGAGGCCACCGAUGCUGAUGUUGAAGAAGAUGAUGGUGAAGACGACGAUGAUGAUGUUUUUGAAGACGCUUUCGGUGGGGAAAACAUUCAACAUGAAAAACUAGACGUACAGAACUUCUCUCCGUCUUACGACGAGGAUUCGACAAAGAAACGUAUUCGAGUAACCCCCGACUCGCCCGCCAAUAACUCUGAUGAAAAUCAUUCGCAGAAAAGGUCGCUGGUGACGCUACAGACUUCCAAUGGAUAUCGCUUAAAUGCCACAUCUACACCGAGCACACAACAAACCCGCCAACAACAACAACGACGCACGUCGCAAUUAAACGGAAGUCUGGGUAGCUGCAUUUCACCCAGCGAUAAAUUGGGUGACCACUCGGACGUAUUUACGGUGUCAUCUGAUGGUCUCGAUACAGACAUGGAUUUGAGCAAUACUCAAGCCGGUGACUCACUGGAGCAUUGUUCGCAUCAGAGAUUGCAGCAGACAACACCCAAACGCAAGUUUGAUCUCUCUAAGUAUGCCCCUCCUAACAACGGCAUGGCCGCAAGCAGCUGUGCCGCAGAGGCAGCUACUGCAGCGGUCAAAUCGCUUGCCAUAUCGCAGUUUCUAAAAAAGGAGGUGCGUGUUACAUGCCGGCGACUUCGAGCGCCCUUUCGCCGCUUUCGAUAUCGUCGCUAAUCAUCACUAUUAUCAUCAUUUUGACAUUUAACAAAUCAUCAUUAGCUUAAAUGCAAAUUUGUAAAUUCAGAUGUACAGAGAAGAAGAAGAUCAAGAACAUUGUUUAUAAGGCUUAUUACACAGUCCCUCCAUUCGCAAUUACAGUUUCGAUAUUUUUUUGUAUUUCUCUGUCAAAAUCCCUACUACUAUCCCUCCAUCCUGCUAUUGUACAUUAUUAUAAUAUGGUCCAUUCAUUGUCAUCGUUGCUCGAACAUUUUAUAAUUGCGCAGGUGCAGUUCCCCUGUCAUUGAUACCCCAAACAUUCACACAUUGUGCGUAAUGAUAAUUAGCAUAAUUUAAACUACAAUAUCAGAUAAAUACGUAAAGUAAGAUAAGUUUAAUUUUAGCUUAGAACAAAUUUAGUACUCUUUGAAGCACCUUAGAUUGACUACCCAACUAAGGAAUGAAAUAACGAAAAGAAAUGAUGGAUCAAUGCAGACAAAUUGCAUAAGUAGAGCGUAUAGAAUUUAAACAAAAAUACAAAUCAUUUUAUUUUGUUUCUACAACAAUAUCAACUUGAUGCUCAAAUUAUGUAUAACAAGAAUAUAAAACCAAAAGCAAUUGUAAAAACUUAAAAUCAAAGAGUACAUUAAAAUAUAUAAUAAAAGCAAA